GGCCAUCUCCUUCCUCCCCAAAACCCAAAACCCCACCAGAUGGCGCUGCAGCUCCGCUCCGGUUGCAGAAAAACCGUACAAAUACAAAACCCUAGCCUCUGCCAUCUCUUCUCUUCUUCUUCCUCCUCCAAUGGCGGAGAAGACGAUAAACCUCCAUCCGCUUCUUCCUAUUUAAGCAGCAUCAAAGCCAGCCUCCGCCAAUCUCCUCCUCCUCAAUCUCGAUUUCGAAGCCCUUAUCCUCCUCUUCCCCCUCCCAAACCCUCGAAGGUCGCCUCCCUUGAAGAAAUCCGCAAAAACCUCUCCGAAUUCCGCCGUCGAUCCGCUGCCCCACCCCCUUCCGACGGCCGUUAUUCCUCCUCCCCUCCCACCAUCUCUUUCCAGGAUCUCUACAAGAGCAACGUCAUCGGCAAGGGCCCCAAUGCCAAUGCGGACUCUGCCAAGCUGUCCUUCCAGUCGAUCCGCGAGAGCAUCCGCCAGCUCCGGUCGUCGAAUCCGACGGCUGGGACCGAUCGGUCGAGGGGGAUGCAGGGGGAGAUCCGGAGCCCACUGUCUCUGAAGGCCUUGAAGGAGAGCUUGAAGCUGAAGCCGCCGGAGGAUUCUGGGAUCGGCUCUGGGUCGCUGCCGACGUCGAUCUUCGGGCGGGAGAUGGGGGAGGUGAAGACGGAGGCGGAAUCGCAGGCGGCGAGGAUGGAGUUCGUGAGGAUGUAUAGUUAUGGGGAGUUGGGAGAGAAGCUGAAGAAGCUGAGGCCAGCGGAGGCUGGAAGUAAGAAGAAAAAGGAGUGGUUUUCACUGGGGGAGUUGAAUGAGAGGCUGAAGAAGCUGAGGGAGAUUGACGAGAAGGAGACAGAAGCAGGGAUAGGAGGGGUGACGUUUAAAGACCUGAGGGAUAGCUUGGUCAGGUUGCAGAAUUCCGAUGCCAGCACUAAGAGGUCUUCAACUGUGCAGAGAUUGGCUAUUUUGGGCCAGCUUGGUGGGCAAGUUACCUCAACCUUUAUGUUAUCACCUCCUAAGGAACAAUUGGUUGAAAAAUAUUUCCACCCAGAUAACAUGUCUUCAGCAGAAAAGCUGAAGCUGGAGCUUAAAAGGGUUAGAGAUGAGUUUAAAAUGUCAGAAUCAGAUUGUGGAUCUUCACGUGUUCAAGUGGCACAACUUACAACAAAAAUCAAGCAUCUGUCAUCACAUCUGCAUAAAAAGGAUAAGCACUCCCGGAAGGGUCUUCAAGAAAUGAUCCAAAGGAGGAAGAAGCUGCUCAAAUACCUUCGCAGGACCGACUGGGAUUCGUAUUGCCUUGUUCUUUCCAAGCUUGGGCUUAGGGACAAUCCGGAUUACAAGAACUAGAGAAUUCAGCACCUGCGAUUGAUUAUCAGUCACUGGAUCCUACAUGUUGUCCUUGGAUGAGCUUAAUUGAGGCUAGCAAUCCAUUGAGUGUAAGUGGAUCCAGACUCAACUGAAAGUUGAGAUGUAUUGAGAAUUUUCAGCUUUUAUUUUUCUACUUUUGUCAGUGUUGUUAUCUAUGCUAAUCAUUGAUCCUUGUUACUCCUAUGUGGACGAUUUUCCCAUUUUUUUUUAUGGGUCCACAAAAGAAGAAAAAAAUCGUUUGGUGA